AUGAAAGAUAAGCAAGUGUCAAAAUUAGCACCAUGUCUCAAUGCAAAAUUGCUAAUAACUAAACAGUAGAAAAAUAAUAAAUGUUUACAAAGAUAACAUUUCAAUUAUGGAGCGGUAAUGCAAUUAAUAUAUUUGUUCUAGCUCUCCAUAAAGCAACCAGGUAUUGUUUGCAGUGACGAUCUACAAUUCCUUCUAAUCUUUGAUUAGGGAAUACUGUAUAGAGAUCGUAGCAAAAUAUGAUGCUUAAACUCAAUAGUACCAUUUAUGAAAUUAUCCCAAAAAGAUUGGUAUCCAUAAUAUAACAGCUCUUCUUUAAGGUUAAGGAUGUGUUUUUCUCUAAUAGAAUUAAGAUUUUUACAUGCAAAAAGAAAAUGAUCAGUACUUUCAACAGUAUCAUAGUCACAAAGUUGACAAUAACCUGAGCAUGUGUUAGACUAACUUUGCUUCCUAUACUCAAGAGCUAAUGAAUUAGUCCUUAUUUUAAAUUUUAGACUAACCGAGUCAAAAUUUACCUUAUCGAAUAGAUAAUACUCAGAUUUCGGUUCACUUUUAUAUUUCACAUAAUCAGAUAAGGUUGAUUUUGAUUUUGCCCUUUCAUACCAUAAUUUAGAAUUGUCGUACGCAUUUUUCUUAAAUGAAUGUAGCCAGGAGUUAUCUUGUUCUAAAUUAAAAUACUCAAUUAGAUCAAAUUUCUGUAGUAACUCUUGUAUGUGGGUAAUUCAUUUCCAUUUGACAUUAUGUCUGAACUCCAUUAAAGAUUUACAAAGUAGUUUUUGCCAUCUACUAUCAUCCAUACUUUUUAGCCUAUUGAAAUAAUUCAUUCUAACUCUGUUAUGUGUGUGAAAAAUAGAUUCCCAUCCUAAAUCACAAAGAAGAGCUUUUUUUGCUCCAUUUCUUGGAGCCUUUACUUAGUACAGUUCUCGCCAUUCUAUAUUGUAUGUUUUCAAGCUUUUCAAUAAAACUUUUUCUGUUACAAAACCAAACAGAGCAUGCAUAAUUAACUUUUGGAAGACCUAUUGUUUUCCAUAAUAGGUCGCUAAGUACACCCUGUUGACUAAAUAAGAAAAGAGUUGGCAGCGAAAAGGUUUAAUAAGAUAACCCAUGAAGUCGGCAUUGCAGCAGGCCGACUUAUUUCCAAAGGAUUCCAGACUAAUAACAUCAAAAUAUAAGCCGCCUGUAUUCCUACUGAAUGCCCCACCAGUCUGAAACAUCAUAUAGAAUGUUAGCUCGAAAUUAUAAAAACAAAGACUAUUAUUGGAAGAAUGUCAAGCAAUAAUAAUGGCUAUAUGGAGUUGCAGGAAGUAAACGGUACGGCAAACCGUAAAGUAUAUGGUACUACAACUGCCACAACACCCACUGGCAGUGAAACCAAGAAAGAUGUGGAAAUUGGAAAUUUUCACUGCCAUAGAAACACAUCUCUGGAAACUGACACUAUCGGUAGAAAAGCAGCAAGAAAGAAACUUGUGUAUGCCUCCAUCGUAUGCAUAUUGUUCAUAGCUGUGGAAGUUGCAGGCGGAUUUUUAGCGGGAAGUCUUGCUAUCUUAACUGAUGCUGCACAUCUAUUAUCCGACUUUUCAAGUUUUCUAAUCAGCUAUGGAGCACUAAUUCUUGCCGAUAAGCGCCCGAGUAAACGCCUGACCUGGGGUUGGCAUAGGGCAGAGGUGCUGGGUGCUCUUUUGUCCGUGGUGAUGAUAUGGACAAUCACAGCAGUAUUAGUCAUACUUGCUAUUCUGAAAAUUGUUAGGAAUACAUAUUCGAUUGAUGCUGAAAUCAUGAUGAUAACAGCAGCGUUUGCUAUCUUUGCAAAUAUUGUUAUGCUUAUAGUUUUGCAUGACCCAUGCAGUGGUCAUGGGCAUUCACACGGUGGUCACGGCCACUCACAUGGGGGUCAUGGUCACUCACACGGUGGAUCUGACAAGCACCAUUUGAUAGAUGAAGAGAACUCGAAUGUGGAGGACCAUUCGAGGAAUGUGAAUAUCCGUGCCGCAAUACUACACGUCAUAGGGGAUUUCUUUCAAAGUUUGGCCGUGUUCAUAGCUGCCGUUGUGAUAUAUGUCAAGCCUGAAUACAAGCUAGCAGAUCCGAUAUGCACAUUUAUUUUUUCAAUUCUUGUCCUUGGUACAACGGUAGCAAUAAGCAGAGAUAUAUUUCAAGUUUUGAUGGAAAGUAAGUUUAUUACUAAAUUAAGCUCAUAUUAUUUUUCUGUGUAUGUAAAAGAGUUUUCCAUCAUGUAACUUUCUGUUUAAUUUUGCUUUAUCCUCGUAUG